CGUGAUUUUUGUGUGCUGUCAGUGGUGGUGAUAGACAUAACUUUUUACUUUAGGUCUCGUCCUCGGAGACAAAAACAAAUAUAUUUUAUUUAUUUAUUUCAUUAGUUUUAACAAAGAAAUACGAAGUAAAAAAAUGAUAAAUAGUUUUUCUUGCACGUGAAUAACAUUUAUUAAAAUUAAUUAUUUUAUUUUCCCAAAAAAGAUGUAAGGAUGUGGCAAAAAAGUGACUAAUAUAAAGAAAACCAAAAUAUUUAUACAAUCUCAAUAUUUUAAGUAACAUUUUAGCAUUGGCAGGGCAAUGGAUUCAGCAUCCAUCCAAAUCAUGCCAACAAAAUCUCAAGUAAUCUCAGAAAAUAAUGUGAUGGUUGACAAAACCACAACAAGUCAUAAUUUCCAAGAAAAUGGAAUCUCCUCAAAUGAAAAUCUUCAUCAACCUGAGUUUGCUGAAUUUGUAAAUACUAAUAAUAUGCCAAAUAAUACAAACACGACUGCUCUUUUCCUAGAAAAUGAAGCUUACAAUGUUUCUACGGAAUCAUUAAGAUCGAAUAAUAAUACUUUAAGACCGGAAUUAUAUAGAGAAUCCUCAAACGACAAUGAAGAAUCCAAUUCAGAAUAUCACUGCCCUACUGAUCCAUACCAUCAACAUAAACCCAAUAGUUCAUUAUUUUUUAAAGAUGGAUUUCGUUCGAUUGACUUUGUGUUAGCAUAUAAAACAAAUAAUCAAGAAGAAGAAGACGACGAAGUAGAGAAUAAAGUAAAACGACGAGUUUUUGAAGAGAAUCUUAUCAAUCAAGGACUGGAAUUAGAAACAGAAUAUAAAUCUAAGGAACAAAUAUGCUUUAUAAAAAUACAUGCACCAUUAGAAGUUUUGCAAAGAUAUGCGGAAAUUCUUAAACUACGAAUGCCAAUGAAAGAGAAUUUAUCCAGAAUGAACUAUUAUGAAAAAUCCAAUAAAUUGCAACAUGCACAAAAAUACAUGGCUAAAAAGAUUCCAGGUUUUGCUGGAGUUCAAAGGUCCACAAAAAAUGUUUAUUCCCGCCUUAAAGGAGUAUGGUCAUUUUUUGUUCGCGUGAUAUUCAUUGACGAACGAUAUUUUCCGAAAAAAUCACACCGUUUUACAGCUGUUUACAGCAGGGACAAAGAAUAUUUAUUUGAUAUUCAGCAAGAAGGCUUUUUUACAGCAUCCGUUCGUUCUAGAAUAGUACAGUUUAUUUUAGAUAGACAAAGAUUUCCUUCGCGAAAUGAAGAUGACGUGGCGUUUGGUAUUGAAAGGCUUGUCAAUGAGAGAGUUUAUUACUCUGCGUAUCCACUACAUGAUGGGGACAUAAACGAAAAAGGAACAAUGCGUGAAAAACUGUACACUCAAUGGGCUUCCGUGAGAAAAUGGUAUCGAUUUCAACCAUUAGACUACGUUAAGGACUAUUUUGGUGUUAAAAUUGGAUUGUAUUUCGCUUGGCUUGGCUACUAUACUUACAUGCUAAUGUUAGCGUCAGUGGUUGGAAUGUUUUGUUUUUUAUACUCCUGGUUUACUGUCGAUACUUUUGUACCUGUAAAAGACGUAUGUUCAGACCACUCAAAUAUAAAAAUGUGUCCUCUUUGUGACUGGUGCAACUUUUGGGAAAUCAAAGAAACAUGUUUCUAUGCCAAAAUAACUUAUUUAAUCGACAAUCCUAGUACAGUAUUUUUUGCUGUAUUUAUGUCGUUUUGGGCAACUCUAUUUCUCGAACUAUGGAAACGAUAUUCUGCAGAAAUCACACAUCGCUGGGACUUGACUGGAUUUGAUGUUCACGAAGAACAUCCAAGGCCACAAUAUCUUGCUCGUUUGGAAAAUGUUAAGAAAACUAGAACAGACUGUGUGACCAAUACAAAAGAACCAGUCGUUCCAUUUUGGCGAAUUAAAUUGCCAGCAACUAUUUUUAGUUUUUCGGUAGUACUUUUACUGGUAACAUUAGCAUUUGUUGCACUAUUAGCCGUAGUAGUGUAUCGAAUGUCUGUUUUGACACUUUUAAAAGUUGGUGCUUCUCCAAUGACGACAUCAAGUGCAAUAAUGUUAACAACUGCAUCAGCUGCAUGUGUUAAUUUGGGACUUUUAUUUAUUUUAAAUUAUAUGUACACACAUUUGGCUGAAUACUUGACGGAAUUGGAAUUAUGGCGAACACAAACACAAUUUGAUGACUCAUUAACCCUUAAAAUUUAUCUUCUCCAGUUUGUUAAUUAUUAUGCUUCAUUAUUUUAUAUAGCAUUUUUUAAAGGAAAGUUUGUAGGUCAUCCUGGAAGCUACAAUAAAAUACUAGAUUAUCGGCAAGAAGAGUGUUCUUCUGGUGGAUGUCUCACUGAACUUUGUAUACAAUUGGCCAUUAUAAUGGUUGGAAAACAAGCCAUGAACUCGAUCUUAGAACUUAUAAUGCCAAUAUUCUGGAAGAGAGUGCAGGCUGUGAAAGUUGGACUUUCGCGUUUAUUUAAAUCUGGUCAAACUGAUUCCUUAAAAGGACGUGAUGAGAGGUGGUUAAGAGACUUAAAAUUGUUAGAUUUCGGUCCACGAAGCUUAUUUCCAGAAUAUUUAGAAAUGGUUUUGCAAUAUGGAUUUGUGACGAUAUUUGUAGCAGCUUUUCCAUUGGCUCCGGUUUUUGCUCUUCUAAAUAAUAUUCUCGAAAUGCGUUUGGAUGCGAAAAUUCUAAUAACACAUCAUAAGAGACCAGUUUCACAAAGAGUUCGAGACAUUGGUGUAUGGUAUAGAAUUCUCGACUGUAUAGGAAAACUAAGUGUGAUAACGAAUGGUUUUAUUAUAGCAUUUACAUCAGAUAUGAUUCCCCGCCUAGUAUAUCAAUCUCUUGUCUCGGAAGAUGGAACUCUCGACGGUUAUUUGGAUUUCAGUCUAUCAUAUUUUGCUAUAAAAGACUCAAAUACUCUGAAAAACUAUUCUCCUGAAUUAAAUAUUACAACUUGCAGAUAUUCGGAUUAUAGGGAACCCCCCAGCUCGAACCGAAAAUAUGUUCUAUCUAGUAUGUUUUAUAUAAUAUUAGCUGGACGCCUAGCUUUUGUUGUGAUAUUUGAGAAUUUUGUUGCUUUAGUUAUGAUAGUUGUGCGCUGGUGUAUUCCUGAUAUGUCUAUUGAGUUACGAGAUCAAAUUCGUCGUGAGGUUUACAUAACCAACGAAAUCAUAAUAGAGCAAGAAGCAUCUCGUGCUAAAUUUGAACGUUACAAGCGUCAAAUUUCUUCCAAAGCUAGUGAACAUAGUGAAUCUAAUGCAAACUUUUUAAAAGUUGCAAAACUCAUAAGUGGGAAUCUUUCACAAUCUCAAAUGGAUCUCAUAAUUCAUGCCGAGGAUGAACAUACUGGAAUUGGUGGUGAACGUCAAGACAUUGAACUAAAUAACUGUGCCUAAAAUAAUUUUAAAUCUUUUCAACAUAUUAUACCUAUAUUUAACCAUUGUGAUACAUAUACUAAUGUCCUUUUGUUAAAGAUUUUUUUGUAUAAUUUAAUGAGGAACUAUAUUUUUGUUAUAUUUUCUAUAAAAAAUGAAACCAUAAACUUAAAAUGAAUGUUAAAGCGCAAAAAAAAACACAAGUUAAGUUUAUUUAUAGACUAAAGUUAUCCAACUUGAACAAUUUACUAUAUUUUAAGUUAACUGUUAAACGAAUAUCAUUAAAUAGAUAUGUUUUGAAAUAUUUAAAUAAAGUUCCUAUUUAAUUUUC